AUGGUACUAGAAGUAGGGGGGAUAUUUAGCAAUAAAAUAUCAAUGAAGUUGAGUAUAGUGUCCUGGAAUGUUAGGGGUCUGAACUGUAGUAAAAAAAGGAGUAUGAUAAAAAAUAUUUUACUUACCUGGAAUGCAGAUGUGGUGUGUUUCCAGGAAACAAAAGUGGAAGGGGAUAUCACUGAUAUAGUGAGAGAAGUUUGGGGGAGCAGGUGGGUCAAAUAUGUUCAAUUAGAAGCUAGUGGGACAAAAUGGGGGAUAGUAAUUAUGUGGGACAAAAGGGAUUGGGAAGGGGUGAUCAGUAGUGAGGGCAUGUACUCUGUUUCUUGUAGUUUCACUGGAAGGAGUCAAGAUUUCAGUUGGAACAUGACUGGAGUUUAUGCACCAAAUGAUAGAAUGGAAAGGGAGGAAACUUGGGGGGAAAUAGGUGCAACAAGGAGUCUUAUUCCAGGGCCCUGGGUUCUUUGUGGUGACUUUAACACAGUUAGAUAUCCAUCUGAAAAGAAGAACUGCAGAAGAAUCAACAAAGCAAUGAUUGAUUUUCUGAUUUCAUUGAAGACAUGGAAAUGGGUGACAUCUGACCAUUCACCUUUGUUACUUCAAAGUGGAGAAUGGGAGAAAACCAAUUCUUAUUUUAAAUUUGAGAACUGGUGGCUAAAGACAGAGGGUUUUAAUGAGAGAGUGAAGACAUGGUGGGAAUCCUUCAAUUACAGUGGAAAGCCAGAUUUUAUACUGGUAGCAAAGUUGAAAGCUUUAAAAGGAAAAUUGAAAGAGUGGAGUAAAACAACACAAGGGAAUUUGGGAAUGCAGAAACAAGUGGUAUUGGCUCAGCUUGCUGAACUGGAAGAGAUACAAGAUCAUAGAAUCCUAAAAUAG